AAGCUUGCUGUGUCCUGCCCUGGGGGGAGGAGGCCUGGCUUGGCAGCUGGGCCCACAGGCAGGUCAACUUGGAUCUGCAGCCACUUUUGUGGAGUUCAAGAAAGAUUGUUGGAACACAGAAUGUUUAGAGGACCAGGACUCAGCCAGAAGAGCAGAUCCAACUCGACAAGACGUGAUUAAAUCGCUGUUGAUGACAGGCCUGCCGAUGGGGAGUUUGGGACCACCGACUGCUUUCCGGUCUCCUCGUCCUAGUAGAUGCUACCGUGGCUACGCUCUUCAAAAUGGCAGCUAUGGUGAAGUUCCAGAAAGAUCUGGUAUCUUUUUAACACAGUAGCAAAAUAUGGGGCUGUAUCCCUGCAGACCCAAAGGAGAAAAGUCCGAGGGCUCAGCUGGCCACGUGCUCCAACACUUCGUGCUAAGUUGGACUGUGGGCACCUCGGCUACCCACAGCAAGAGUUAGCGCGCUCCUGGGUUCCGAGGUGAGGUGCAAACCACCGCGGUAAAUCGCGUCUCCAGGUGGCUUUACCGACGCUAAGAAGCCCUUAUUGCUCCGUUCGGAUAGGUGGGAAAACAGCGCUGGUCUGAACUUCUAAGUUUGAGGUCCACGCUGCCUUGCGUCCACAGAGCUGCGGACCGUUUUAGCAGGCUACACUCUCCUAGCAGGCGGCCAUAACAAGGCUCCCUUGGCGCGAAUUACAAGGAAACCCAAGAAACACUUAAAAAAGAAAAAAAUUCCAUCUCAAAGAUCCGGAGUGGAGUUAUUAGGGUAGGGCUAUGCAGUAACUUGGAGACUCACUCAAGGAACUGGGGAUUGGGGCGUCACACCUGGACACAAGAGACAAAAGUUAGGGGAUCCCACCAAGGGGUCGCCAACGCGCUUUCGGCCCGAUUGGCGGAAGCCCUCUGACUUUUCUUUAUGGCGUCACCGAGUACCUGCCUGUAGGAAGGCUCCAGCUGCGUGACGUCACGCUGCACUGACCAAUGAACGGCCCGAGUCGGCAGGCCCCGAGGAGGGUUGUGGGCCCUUCUUUUUGUGAAUGAAGCUCCACGGAACAUCCCUCCUGGGGGUCCCCGGGAGCCGCGGCCCGCUGAGCUCCGACGCCCCGGCAGCAGCGUCCCAGGGAGCGCGCGCCUUGCUCCAGCCACCGGCUAGCGCUGUGGGGCCCCCGGGACGCGGGCGGCGGGAGACGCAGUGCGAGGACCCGGGCCGGGUUCCCGGGCCAUGGUCGCGGUCCCCUGACGGGCCGCGGCCGCCUCCAUGAAGCGUAAGAGCGAGCGGCGCUCGGCUUGGGCCACCGCGCCCCCCUGCUCACGCCGCAGCUCGUCCUCCUCUCCCGGAGUGAAGAAGAGCCGCAGCUCCACGCCGCAGGAGCUGCACCGCCUGGAGCAGGACGACCUGUACCUGGACAUCACGGAUCGCCUUUGUUUUGCCAUUCUCUACAGCAGACCAAAGAGUGCAUCAAACGAACAUUAUUUCAGCAUAGAUAACGAGCUAGAGUAUGAGAACUUCUAUGCAGAUUUUGGACCACUCAAUCUGGCCAUGGUUUACAGAUAUUGUUGCAAGAUAAAUAAGAAGCUCAAGUCCAUUACAAUGCUGAGGAAGAAAAUUAUCCAUUUUACCGGCACUGAUCAGAGAAAGCAAGCGAAUGCCGCCUUCCUUAUCGGGUGUUAUAUGGUUAUAUAUUUGGGAAGGACACCAGAAGACGCGUAUAGAACUUUAAUCUUCGGAGAUACAGCUUAUAUUCCUUUCAGAGAUGCUGCCUACGGAAGCUGCAGUUUCUACAUUACACUUCUCGACUGUUUUCACGCAGUAAAGAAGGCAAUGCAGUAUGGCUUCUUUAAUUUCAACUCAUUUAACCUUGAUGAAUAUGAACACUAUGAAAAAGCAGAAAAUGGAGAUUUCAACUGGAUAAUACCAGAGCGGUUUCUUGCCUUCUGUGGGCCGCAUUCAAGAUCCAGGCUGGAAAGUGGUUACCACCAACAUUCUCCGGAGACUUAUAUUCCAUAUUUUAAGAAUCACAAUGUAACUACCAUUAUUCGUCUGAAUAAAAGGAUGUAUGAUGCUAAGCGCUUUACGGAUGCUGGAUUUUAUCACCACGAUCUUUUCUUUCCGGAUGGCAGCACCCCUGCUGAGGCAAUUGUCCAAGAAUUUCUGGAUAUUUGUGAAAAUGUCGAGGGUGCCAUUGCAGUGCAUUGUAAAGCUGGUCUUGGUCGAACAGGCACUCUGAUAGGCUGCUACCUCAUGAAGCAUUACAGGAUGACGGCAGCCGAGAGCAUUGCCUGGCUCAGAAUCUGUAGACCUGGCUCAGUGAUUGGGCCCCAGCAACAGUUUCUGGUCAUGAAACAAUCAAGCCUCUGGCUGGAAGGCGACUAUUUCCGUCAGAAGUUAAGAGGGCAGGAGAACGGACCCCUCAGAGAAGACUUCUCCAAACACCUUUCGGAUGUUGAUGACAUUUCAAUAAAUGGGCUUGAGAAUCAAGACAAUCAAGAGCCUGAGCCGUAUAGUGAUGAUGAUGAAGUCAGUGGAGUGACACAAGGAGACAGACUUCGGGCCCUGAAAAGCCGGAGACAGCCGAAAGCCAGCGCUAUCCCCCUCACAGGUGCUCGCCUGGGAAGUGCUAAGCAUGCACAGUCUGAAGAGAUGAAUGCAUUUAUCUCUGUGUCCUACUGUAACCUCAGGAGCCAUGAUAGAGUAAUUCUUCAGUCCAGUGUUCAGAGCUGUAAAACCCCUGAACCUAACCUUUCUGGCAGUGCAGGCAUUACUAAACGAACCACCAGAUCUGCUUCCGGGAAAAGCAGUCUUAAAAGCCUGGCUCCUUGGAGGGAGAGGAGGAGGAGGAGUGCUUUGCAGCAAAUGCCCAUGCUGGCCUUAUGUCCAGCCAUUUCAAGGACUAAGACAGUCUUACGUUAAAGUAGAAAAACAAAAACAAAAACAAAAAAAACGGUGACCGGCACUCCAGGGAAGACUAGGAACAGAAAACCCCCCAAAGGAUUUAGCCAAUCGAUCUAAGAACAAAGCAGACUCUGCAAUGGCCUUAGCUUCUUUCCACAUAAGAAGUUCAUUCGAUGAAGAAAAUGUCACUGGCCUCUCAUCCACUCACUGACUCCGGGUUGUGGUUGAACCAUUUGAGGGCCUGACUCUCCCUUUUGUAAUCUCAAGUUGGACAAAAGCUGCUGUUGUGAAUUUAGUCUCAGGUGUCAAUACCCUGUCCUCUGCCACCAGAGAGCUGUCUGGUGAGUGUGGUACAUGUGUGUUCCUGUGAUGGCAAUCAUGUUCGCUGCUGGCCUCCAGAAGAGUGGAGGAUCUGAUGGAGAGCUUUUAGGUAUUUAUUUUUUUGUUCAGCCUGUGACCCUGACUUGCAGUUUAUAAAGAUGAACGAGGUGAACAUCCCUCCAGUGGGACCCUCCAUCUUAAGGUAUGAAUUGGUACAAUCAGCUUCACGUUCCUCUUGUUAAUACUGUUGUGAUGCUUACUGCGUGAAGUACCCAAGCUGCUUGUUUUUCACCAAAGAGUGCUUUAUUAACAAUCUGUGAACACUGCUUUUAAACACUGUUGUAUGUUGUUACGGUUACCAAAAACUUGCUAGAGAAUAUUGAUGAGAGCAUUGGAACCCUUUCUCAGUUAACUGGUUCUACAAAUCCUCCCUUGUGUCAUUUAGGAUGGAGAUUUCAGAGGUGGGAUGUUGUUGGAUUGCUCAGUCUCGUUAUAAUUGUGUUUACUCCAUUACAUUAAACCAAAACAUCAACCCUAGCAUUUUUCUUUGGAAAAGCAUCCUAAAUAAUGGUGGCUUUAACAAUAAAAUUGUGAGCCUUGCGGUAGUAGUGCAUGCCUUUAAUCCCAGCAUUGGGAGGUAGAGGCAGGUGGAUCUCUGGGUUCAAGGCCAGCCAAUAUUACACAAGGAAAUCCUGUCUCAUAAACAAAACAAAACAAAACAUCAACCCCAAAGUCCCAAAAUUGUUAACCCUUUGUAGAGUCUUUCUCUGUAACACUGUGGAGUUUUUUCCUUGUGAUUCACAGUUUGACUUUAGUGACAAUCACUUGCUUCUGGAGUUAGGCUGUUUGUGUAAGAGAACUCACUGUUGCCUUUGGUUAGGGAAUAUGACUAGAAACUGUAGCGUGCCUUUUCUCUUCACCCUGCUGGAUGCCAGCAACACCCGUGCCAUGAAGCAAUUUUAAAACCAGAAUUUAUCUGCUGCCAAAAAAAAAAAAAAAAAAAAAAAUCAAAAAAGACAGAGCCCAUAAUUAGAAAAUACUUCAUAGUUGUCUUGGUUACUUCCACAAUUGAGGCUAAUGGUUUUUGACUCUCCCAGUUUAGAAACUGGAGAAAUGCAAUAUUGAAAGCCAUUGACAGCCAAUGCCUUCCUAAGACAGAUGAAUGUGUCAGUGAGCAAGCAAUCCCACUUGGAAAAGCUGCCUUCCUUAUAGUUGGUAUUGACAGGUUAAAGUCUAGUUAAUGUAAAAAUAUUGAAAGAAUGAGUCCCCCCCCCUCCCCCUUCAAUGUUCCUAUCCUCAAACUGCAUUGGCCGACCUUGGAUUGGAGGCCUGAGGAUUCAGUGUAAAUCCUCACAAAGAGCCCCUCCCUAGGCAGCACAUAGCUUUCAAGCAGUGGGAAAAGACUGUUAAGGUAAAGUUUGUUAUCCCUAGAUAUGAAUGAGUUUAAGAUCUAGGUAGGACAAAUGUUUCAUUUACCAAUAAUGCUAAAUCAAACUGCCUAAGUCUAAAAUAGAAGCUUCUCAGGUGAUUUUUUUCCUUCCCUGAACAAGCUAGGCCUGGUACUUAAGAGACAGAAGGAGACUUCAUUCCCUGAACUAAGCUAGAUUUGUUCUCAUGUAUCAGGAUGAGUUGAACAGGGCCUGCCCACAAUGGCUGGUGGUCAACAAGUUUGGGCUUCAGAGAUGACCACAGUGCUUUUUGUGUUGGCAGCUCCAUUCCAGCUAGAGUUGCUGCCACUGUGGUUCUUCCCUGGAUUUAACUCCCUUGCUGAAGUUACUUAGGAAAUGUGAGUUGGUGAGGAUGCAUUCCCAGGAAAACCUACUUGAUGUUGUCUGGGGAGGACUGCAUAGCAACUGACUGGUAACAUCCAGGACCCAGAAAGUCUUUGAUCAAACUAAUGGAAAGUUCUUCCCAUUGGGAUUAGUGGACAACCUCUCCCCAAACUACAACUACCCAGAAAUUUCUGGGAUAGAAGACCCUGUUACUAUAGAGCAUGAAUCAGUAGAUAUUGGGUGGAGGGGCCCCAUUAACUUAAGAACUUUAAAUACCUUUGUAAGUACAUCAAGUCCUCUUCCAAUAGAAUUAAAAUUAGAACAGUAUAUUUAUAGGUGCCCUUGAUGCUUUGGGGGAACUUAUACUAUCCAGAGUCCAAAAGAGGAAUGUCUGUAAAGCUGGGCUUCAGAACUGUAUACACAUAUUAAUACAAUUCUGAAACCCAGCUAUAACUCUUGCCUUGAGGUAAGAAGGAUGGACCCUGAGUAGCACCACAUUCAAAGGUAGCAGUAUUUGUCUAAAUAGCCACAUGCUGCUCUUCCUCCUUAACUUCCCAGCUUUAACUUGACCCCCAAAACCUAGCCCCAUCCAUUGUCCUGCCCUGCCCUACUGCUCCCCUCUUGGGUGGCUUCUACCUCUUGGUUUGGGCCCUGACAGGUCUUAGAGGCUUCCCAAGUGUUCUCAUGAGGCUCUUUGAGCAUAAUCAGGUCUGGUAGACCUUUCCAGCUUUCUGGGUAGUUUGUAGCUGGAAUUCCUCAGGCCUUCGUUAGCUUGAAUAGCUGUCUGUGACAAGUGAGUAUGUGUUCUGGAAACAUCAGCUGCUUUUCCUCAUAUUUUUUUAACGGUUCUUACUUGCAUUUUGGAAAGCAGUUGGUCAGAAACCUUAAAAUCUUUUUUUUUUUUU